UUCGUAAAGACUUUGACCGGCAAGACCAUUACUUUGGAAGUCGAGAGUUCCGACACCAUUGACAACGUCAAGCAAAAGAUUCAAGACAAGGAAGGUAUUCCUCCUGACCAACAACGUCUUAUCUUUGCCGGUAAACAACUCGAAGACGGUCGUACCUUGAGCGACUACAACAUCCAAAAGGAAUCUACUCUCCACUUAGUUCUCCGUCUUCGUGGUGGUAUCAUUGAACCCUCUUUGAAG